AUGAGCCACGUCGUGCACGACCACAGGGCGGUGACUCUGCACAGGCGGGGCCUGCCACCGCAGAUGCAUAUCUCGACGCCGCAGCUGGGCGCCGCGUGCGUCGUGGCGGCCGCCGCCGACCCCGGUCCCAGUCCUGGAGCCGUCUCCAGCUCCUCCAGUUCCAGCGGCGCCCUCACCAGGCACUGCGCGCGUGUCAACGCAGGUAAGAAGUACCGCACCGCCCACGCGACGCGCGAGCGCAUCCGCGUCGAGGCGUUCAACGUGGCCUUCUGCGAGCUGCGGCGGCUGCUGCCCACGCUGCCUCCGGACAAGAAGCUCUCCAAGAUCGAGAUCCUCAAGCUGGCCAUCUGCUACAUCGCCUACCUCAACCACGUGCUCGACGUCUGA